AUGACGCAAACAAAACCUCAUGAAGAAGACCAAUAUCUCAAUCUCGUGCGCGAGAUUCUACAAGAUGGCGAGCAUAGACCAGACCGCACCGGCACCGGCACUCUCUCGAUAUUCGCCCCGCGUCCGCUCAAAUUCCUGCUGAGCGCGCCCGACGGCACGCCCAUCCUGCCGCUCCUCACGACGAAGCGCGUGUUUCUGCGCGCCGUGGUCGCGGAGCUGCUGUGGUUCGUGGCCGGCAGCACGUCGUCGCUGCCGCUCAGCGCCGCGGGCGUCAAAAUUUGGGACGGCAACGGCUCGCGCGAGUUCCUCGACGCCGCGGGCCUGGGUCACCGCGCCGUCGGCGACCUCGGCCCCGUGUACGGCUUCCAGUGGCGGCAUUUCGGUGCGGAAUACAAGGACGCGGACGCGGAUUACACGGGCCAGGGCGUCGACCAGCUCGCAGAGGUGGUCAGGAAGCUGCGCACCACGCCGUAUGAUCGCCGCAUCAUCCUGUCGGCGUGGAACCCGCGAGACUUGGCGCUGAUGGCGCUGCCGCCGUGCCACAUGUUUGCGCAGUUUUACGUGUCGUUUCCGCGGGGGACGGCGGCAGCAGCGGCGGAUGAAGAGGAAGAAGGAAAGGAACAAGGAGAGGAGGAGGAGAAGGAGGGGAAGAGGGAAAAGAAGAGUCGAGGCCACCUACACUGCCAGCUGUACCAGCGUUCCUGCGACAUGGGCCUCGGCGUGCCGUUCAACAUUGCCAGCUACGCGCUGCUGACGCACAUGCUCGCGCACGUGUGCGACCUGGUGCCCGGCUCGCUGACGCACGUCAUGGGCGACGCGCACGUCUACAAGGACCACGUCGAGGCGCUCCAGGUGCAGCUCGAGCGCGCGCCGCGCGCGUUUCCGACGCUGGAGAUUUUGCGGGAAAGGGGUGGGAGCAUUGACGGGUGGAAGGCCGAGGACUUUGUCGUCAAGGGCUACGACCCGCACAAGACGAUUGCGAUGAAGAUGUCUGUCUAG